AUGGGCCAAGCCUGGGCAUCGACCGAGAAUUGCUGCUCAAAGAGCGAGCAGACGGAAGUUGAACAGGUGGAAGCAUGCCAACCAACUCGUCCUCCUGCGCCUUUGGAAAAUGCCAUCUACGAAGAGGGAGUGGCUGGUAUGACCAGUCCAAGCUCUGAAGUAUUUGGCUUCAUGUCAACCUCCUCCGACAGCAUCGAGAUAAUCGACCUCACCAAGACAAAUGUCAGUGCGGAGCUGUUGCGAGGCAUUUCCUUGCAAAAGACGUUGCACAGUUUUGGUCGACUUUGGCGUCGCAGGCCCGCUGAUCUGAACUUGAGGCAACGGGCGCAGCUGUACGGUCAGUCUGAGCCUGUUGCGAAGCUGGAUGUGUUUAUCUCGCACGCAUGGCACACGCCUGGCAAAUGGAAGUUUCUGUCUCUGCUUCUCCAGUUUGGCUGGAAACCAACGCUUCUUUUCUGGGCAUUUGGCACAAGCCUCUCCUUCAUUCUCUCUUUAUUUGAUGUUCUGCCCCAGGUCAUCACUGUGCGUGUCACAGCAUUGGAGCAAGCAGGGCCUGCAGCUUUCUGGCUCCUAUUGACCGGCUUGCUGUCUGCAAUCGCCGGCUUGACAACGUCGCCUUACAUUUCGUGGACUUCAAACUCACGGAGAUGCUUUGUGGACAUCGCCUGCAUUCACCAGGCAGAUGAACAGCUCAUGAAGCAGGGGAUUCUCAAGAUGGGUGCAUUUCUGGCGGCGUCUUCAGAGCUGCGUGUCCUUUGGAGCGCGCCAUAUCUGUCGAGAUUGUGGUGUAUCUUUGAGCUCGCAGCAUAUCGGAAAGUGAAUCCAACCGGCAAGAUAUCUUUGGCACCAGUAUACAUUGAGAUGAUUGUGCUUGUGAUGUAUCUGUGGAUGUAUGCUGCAUCCAUUGUCUGGUGGUUUUCACGGACUACAGAGCGAUUCUCGAUUCUGUGGUUUAUUGCAAUGGCGCUGGCUUUGGGUAGUUCUGGAUUUGCUGCCGUACAUGCUUUACGGUAUAAUUGCCAAUGCAAGAAGCAGUUAAUAGCCGACUUGGACAGCUUCGACGUGAUGAGGGUAGAGUGCCAGAGCGAAUACGACAAGGCAUGCAUUCACACGGCCAUCGAAAACUGGUAUGGCAGCUUGCAGGCUUUCUCUGCCUACGUGCGGGGUCCUCUUCGCGAAGAUGUGCUGAAACCCAUGCAGACCCCUGGCAGUGUCUCCUUUGGCUAUAUAUGCCUGCUCACGUCACCCUUGGUGACGGUUUGCUUAGAAGGUGUGCUGGCGAUGGUUAAGGCUGCCAAACCCUUGAACAUUUUGUUGGGUUACAUUCUAAGCUACAUGGUCGGAUUGACACUCCUCCUUCUGCCGGCUUUGCUGGUCCUUCUGAUCGACCUUUGCGAGCGGGGUGCCGUGCAAGACCAUCGAUGUAAGUCAUAUCUUCAAUCUUUGGGCAUUGCUUUUCUAGUGUUGCUUGCCGCUCUGGUCGGAUCGGCUAUGGCUUCUCUGUCUUAUAGGCACAGUAUCUGGAUGUCUUUAGGAUGGGUAGGAGUAGCUUCGGCCUUUGCUGGUUGCGUGAGACGCUGUUGCUGGCACCGGUAA